CCGAGAGAGAGAGAGAGAGAGAGAGAGAGAGAGAGAGAGAGAACGAGAGCUCCAUUGCUCCUCCUUCUCUUCUUCUUCUUCUUCUUUUUCUUCUUCUCCAUGGGCUCAUCAUCUGGUUUUGAUUACUCUUUCAAAGUGCUUUUGAUUGGGGACUCAGGUGUUGGGAAGAGUAGUUUGCUUGUUAGUUUCAUCUCCAAUCAUGUCGAUGACCUCGCUCCCACCAUUGGUGUUGAUUUUAAGAUCAAGUCUCUCACUGUUGCUGGGAAGAGAUUAAAGCUGACAAUUUGGGAUACUGCUGGACAAGAGAGAUUUAGGACGCUGACAGGUUCUUAUUAUAGAGGGGCUCAAGGAAUAAUUCUGGUCUAUGAUGUGACAAGGAGAGAAACUUUCACAAACUUGUCUGAUGAAUGGGCGAAAGAAAUUGAACUCUACUCUACUAAUCAGGACUGUGUGAAAGUUCUUGUUGGCAAUAAAGUUGACCAGGAAGCCGACAGGAUGGUUUCUAGAGAAGAGGGCAUUGCGCUUGCACAAGAAUAUGGGUGUUUAUUUCUUGAAUGUAGUGCAAAAACUCGGGAAAAUGUGGAGAAAUGUUUUGAAGAACUUGCAUUAAAGAUUUUGGAAGUUCCGAGCCUCUUGGAAGAAGGAUCGUCGGUCGGGAAGAGGAACAUCUUGAAACAGAAACAGGAAAACCAUCCAACACAAAGCAGAGGAUGUUGUUCAUGAUGAUUCUCACUCAAAAGAUCGAUCGCGGCUUAAAAUAAUUAACCAAAAAACCUGAACACCCAGAGAGACAUUUUCGGUGAAAUUUCGUACUCUUAUCUGGAGUUUGUGUGUAUAUGAGUGUUGUGCAUUUGUUUAACUCAUUCUGAAUGAAGUCAUUGGUUGUAUAUUAUGAGUGAUCUAAUUGAUCUGAGUGAAUGUGUUCCAUUUCUAUU